AUGUCCCAAGAAUCAAUCCACUCCCAUUCCCUCUCAGACCCAGAAACAUUCUGGUCACAUCACGCGACCAGACUCCACUGGCAUACUAAACCCUCACGAGCUCUGAGUCAAUCCACUCAAUCUCACCAAUGGUCAUGGUUCCCUGACGGCGAGAUCUCCACCACCUACAACUGUGUCGAUCGCCACGUCCACGCAGGAAACGGCAACAACGUUGCCAUCAUCUGGGAGUCCCCGGUGACCGGCACCACCGAAAAAUACACCUACGCCCAACUCCUCGAGGAGGUUGAAGUCCUCGCCGGCGUCCUCAGAGAAGAGGGUGUGAAACGCGGCGAUGUAGUCCUAAUCUACAUGCCCAUGAUCCCCGCCGCUUUAAUCGCCUGCCUAGCAAUAACCCGUCUGGGCGCCAUCCACGCCGCCGUCUUCGGCGGCUUCGCCCCAGCAGCUCUAGCGCAGAGGAUCGACGGCGCCCGCCCCCGCGCCAUAAUGACCGCCUCCUGCGGCAUAGAGGGAGCCAAGGGCGCCAUCCCGUACAGGCCACUCGUCGAGGCCGCCGUGCAAUCGGCAUCCUUUAAGCCUUCCAAGGUCAUUGUCUGGCAGCGCGACCAACACCGCUGGAACCAGCCAGACAAGCGUGGCGGGCAGCGCAACUGGCAGCGACUCGUGAAGAGCGCGCGCAUGCGCGGUGUGCGGGCGGGCCCAGUGCCGAUCAAGAGCAAAGAGGGGCUGUAUGUUAUCUAUACGAGUGGCACGACGGGACUGCCGAAAGGCAUUCUUCGCGAAGCAGGCGGUCACGCCGUCGGUCUAGAACUUUCCAUCAGGUCACUUUUUGGAAUUAGAGGGCCUGGCGAUACGAUGUUCUGCGCUUCGGAUAUCGGAUGGGUGGUCGGGCACUCCUAUAUCCUGUACGCGCCGCUGCUGGUCGGCGCCACUACUGUGAUGUUCGAGGGGAAACCCGUCGGAACGCCCGACGCCGGUGUUUUCUGGCGGAUUGUCGAGAAGCAUAAUGUUAAUGUGCUGUUCACGGCCCCGACUGCUAUGCGUGCUAUCAGGAAAGAUGAUCCUGAUGAUCUGCUGAUCGGCGAGGUGGGCAGACGUGGUGGUUUGAGGUCUUUGCGCGCGCUCUUCUUGGCUGGCGAGCGCAGUGAACCGAGCAUCGUUAGCACUUACCAGGAUCUACUUGGUAAGUACGCGGCACGGGGUGCGCUGGUCAUUGAUAAUUGGUGGUCUUCUGAGUCAGGGUCUCCAAUUACGGGCGUGGCGUUGGAUAGCAGUGCUGCAGUUGUCCAGUCUGGAUCUGGGUCGGUAGAUCAGGUACCUCCUUUAUCGACGAGACCCGGUUCUGCGGGUUUGCCUAUGCCCGGCUUCGACGUUCGUAUUGUCGACGAUGAGGGUGACGAAGUCCCGCGGGGGACGAUGGGGAAUAUCGUCCUAGCGUUGCCGCUGGCACCAUCUGCGUUCACGACUCUUUUUCAGGACGAAGAGCGCUUCUAUCGUGGGUACCUGCUUCGGUUCCGCGGUCGCUGGCUUGAUACCGGUGAUGCGGGGAUGGUCGAUGCAGAUGGUUAUGUGCAUGUUAUGUCGCGGAGUGACGAUAUUAUCAACGUCGCUGCGCAUCGAUUCAGCACUGGCUCAAUUGAACAAGUAAUUCUCUCUCACCCACUCAUCAGUGAAGCCGUCGUAGUCGGGAUCCCGGAUCCCCUGAAAGGCUCUCUCCCUUUUGCAUUCAUCCAUUUGAAAGCGGAAGCGGGCGAGAACGUACCUGCGGUUCCGAGCGCGGAACUGUUCAAGCAAGUCAAUUCGCUUGUGCGCGAGCAGAUUGGCGCCAUUGCGUCUCUGGGUGGUAUCAUUCAGGGGCGAGGCAUGAUUCCUAAGACUAGGAGCGGGAAGACGCUUAGGAGGGUGCUUAGAGAGCUGGUUGAGCUGGGCUCUAAGGGGGAGUUCGAGAAGGCUGUUAGUGUUCCGCCUACUGUCGAGGAUGGGGAGGUUAUUGAGGUUGCGAGGAAAAGGGUUCGGGAGUACUUUUUGGAAAGAGAGAAGAUGAAGGCGAAGCUUUAA